GCUAAUUUAGCUAAAACAAAUAAUGGUUUUUUGAAGUGUGAACUGAAUGACUUGAAAAAAAAAUGCACGUUUGGCAAAGAUCAUUUCCCUCCCGAGUCCGUGAGCCAAAAUAAUUGCUAUUGUACGUCUAACGAAGAUUAGACAGUCUCAGGCAUAGAAACAUUCCGCUGGAAUUUCCAAAAUUAUGAAGAUAGAGUAGAUCAGAUUGAUUCUUGGGGAAUUUUUCGAUUUCAGUGUAGUGGAGGCAACCGGAGCAUUUGGCAACUAAGAUGGCGUCUCUUUGAAGUACAUAAAAUGUUGAAACAUGACUAGUGUUUAUAAAAAUUGAAAAUUGUUGCUUGCAUUGUCGAGUGGCAAAAAUGCAGAGCCAGACAUGGCGUUGGACUAUAGGCAUCAUAGACAUCAUAGCAGUUGCAUUGAUCUGGAUAGCUGCUAGCUUUGUAGUGCAAUCUGUUGUGGAUGGGGGAGUGUCUCCUUUUCUCAUUACAUACAUUUGCAACUCCCUUUUUGUCAUUUAUAUCCCAAUUGUUGAAAUUGGCCAUUGUUUGAGACCAGCCGUAUGGAAGUUCUGGUCCAACUGUGCCAAAGAACAGAGACAGACUAUUCAAUUGAAGACAAGAGCUUCAGAACAUACAAGUCUUUUGCAAGAUGGUGUUUUGAAUCAAGGAGAUGAUUCUCGUUCCCAUGAAUCUUGUUCAACCAUGAACAUUGAACCAACUAUAGAUGAAUCUGAGGGUACCCCUAAAUCAGAAGAUGAGCUGGUUGAAACAGAGCGGUUAGUAAGAUGUACAUCUACAUCCUCAAAUGAAAACAUAAAUAUGGAUCCUUCUAAUCCUAAAGAUGUUAACAAUCAAAGACACUGGACUCGGACAGAGACAGCUAAAAUUAGCUUGUUAAUUUGUCCAUUUUGGUUUUUGGCACAGUUGACAUUCAACUUGUCUCUCAAGUAUACUACUGUUACAUCAAACACAAUAUUAAGUAGCACUUCCAGUCUUUUCACCUUCUUGGUGUCUUUGGCAAUCUUGGACGAGAAAUUCACAUGGGUAAAGUUGUCAAGUGUGCUUCUGUGCAUGGUGGGAACUGUAAUUGUUGGCCUGGGUGAUUCAGGAACAGGGGAAAGCAAAAUUGCUAAAUGGCCACUUCUUGGUGAUUUUCUAUGCCUUGUCUCGUCUGUCUUUUAUGCAUUGUAUACCACUUUGAUCCGUAAAAGGAUGCCAAAUGAAGAGAAGGGAGAAGGACAUGUUAGCACUGCACAUUUUCUUGGAUUCCUUGGUUUAUUCAAUGCUAUCAUAUUCCUCCCCCCUGCACUUAUUCUACAUUUCACAAAGGUGGAGCCUUUUCAUAAACUAUCUUUAAUGCAGGUCAGCCUAAUUGUUGGAAAAGGACUACUUGAUAAUGUGCUAAGUGACUAUUUGUGGGCAAAGGCAGUACUUCUCACCACACCUACAGUAGCUACAGCUGGUCUCUCAAUUCAGGUUCCAUUGGCAGCAAUAAUAGAUUCAUUGAGAGGAAAUCUGCCUCACUUGCUGGAUUAUGUUGGUGGUGCAGCAGUGCUUGUGGGAUUUUUUGGCAUAAUUGAGCCUAUUACCUGUUGUGCUUCAACUGAAGACAAAGAAGAAGCACACAUUCAUUGUGCUUCUCAAAAUAGCAUUAAGCAAGAUACUGGCGAUGAUGUUUGCUAGUUUUCUUAUCUUUUUCAUUCUCUGCAUAUAUUCAAAUGUUGCUUCAUAUCAUUUGUCUAUUUGUUUAUUUAUUAUAGAAUUGCUCCUUUAGUGAUUCCUAGUAUAUGAAAAAAAAUUAGUCCAACUGCAAAUUCAUGAGUAAUUCAUUUUAUACAUGUUCGCAAAACCAUCAUUUUAACUGUAGAGUUUGGAAGUUACAGCAUAUAUAAUUGGUAACUAAAAUCA